AUGGCCGGUGCCGACUCAGACGCAGUGACCACCGCCGGAGGUCGUCACCAUGGCCCGCCGAAGAUCAUCAGCGCUCGCCCCAAGGUGCGGAAGACGGUGUACGUGGUGCACGAGGUGAAGGCGGCGGCGACGGCCGGCGAGGGGGACCCUCCGGUGCCACAGGGGAAGAUCAGGCUCUCCCAGGAGAGCGUCGACGCGAUCCUUGCCGAGGACACGACGCCGCAUCCCAUGUCCGACCCGUCCGCCGACCUGGACCUCUUCCGGAGCUUGCUUCCGCCGGAGCUGUACGAGGCGACGGAGCGCGUCCUGCUCAGCGCCGCCAGGACGGAAGGGAGGCGGCGGAGUCGCAUCGUGGAGCGGCACGCGUGGGUCCGCGGCGAGCUGGAGAAGAAGGGGUACGUGGACGUUGACGAAGACAAGGCAUUGACGUUCACUGCCAUUCACCUCGAGGAGGAGCUCGAGUAGGACGAUGACGACUUCGAGGAAGCGAACGGGAGCGAGGGCGGCGGGUAGUUAGCGUGCAUAGCACCACACAGGGGCGGGCAGUGGGCGGCGGCGGUGGGUCGAUGAGGUGGAGCAGCAGGACAGCGGCAAUGUCGAAGAGGAGGAACACCGUGAUCGCGAUGACCAUCACGCGGCUUGCACGCUGAGUGAUAGGAGCCGCAUGUCGGCGCCUAUG